AUGGAGAUGUUGUUGUAUGUGUUGUUUGCAAUGUUUUUGGCUGUAAAAGCCGAGGAAGGCGAAAAUUUUGAACUCGAUGAUGACUACGACAAUGACUACAAUGAGGAGUAUCAACUUGAUGAUGACGAAGAAGAGUUUGAUUACGACGACGCGGUUGAAGACGAUUUUGAGGAGGACUAUGACGACGAUGAAUACGACGAUGACGAAGAGGAGUUUGAUGACGACGAAAAUGAAUAUGAUCUCGGACAAAACCCAGCACCCUACGACGACGCUUUAUUUUACAACCACAUUUUUGGGAAUGGCCAAUUUGGAGCUCCCUAUUUUCAAUAUGGUCAAUACCCAAUGAACUACUAUCACCCAAUGCAGAGAAUUUACUAA